AUGCCGGCCAAAGCUGUAUGUGUUUUAAACGGCGACGUUAGCGGUACAGUUUUCUUUGAUCAAAAGGAUGAUAAAUCUCCAGUAGUUGUCUCUGGAGAAGUUUCUGGAUUGUCCAAGGGCAAGCAUGGCUUCCACAUUCACGAGUUUGGAGACAACACCAACGGAUGCACGUCCGCCGGGCCCCACUUCAACCCCAACAAGCAGGACCAUGGUGCCCCAGAUGCCGGCAUCCGUCACGUAGGGGACCUGGGUAACAUUGAGGCCUCCGUUGAUGGUGGAGUCACCAAGGUAUGCAUCCAGGACUCCCAGAUCUCGCUGAGUGGGCCUAACAGCAUCAUCGGCCGCACACUGGUGGUGCAUGCUGACCCAGACGAUCUCGGCGUGGGUGGCCACGAGCUCAGCAAAACCACGGGAAACGCUGGCGCUCGCAUUGCUUGUGGAGUUAUCGGCUUGGCGAAGUCC